AUGGACGUCGUUGACCUGGACCAGCUCUUUGAGGACUACGGUGAGACGGACCUGCUCCAACACUUCAACGAUCCCACAGCCGACCGGUCCAGCUCCGACGAUCUGGCACAUCUCUUUGACCUCCCCUCGUCGAAUGAGAGCGACUUGUUCGGAACUGAGACUAUACUCGAUCGGGAGGAGGCUGCUUGGCACAAGGCUCCCAGGAAGUGCGAACAAAACCCAGCCUCACCCAUGCUUAAUGAUUCUUCCUCAUUCUGCAUUGAUUCGAAAGCGCAGACGUCAUUGAGCGACUCAGAGUUGCUUAGCUUUGAAGAUCUGUUCGAGUUGGAGCGAAAUCAACUGCGCUCUAUCUCUCAGCCUUCCACACCACGACCCCACACCCACACCACACGAUCAGUCAAGAAGGCUGUAUCGUUCAACGAUCGAGCAACCAGUCGCGGCGUUCAGAAAUCCCUGAAGAAAUCGCCUUCCACAUCUUUCGCCAAAAUGAUGCAACCAAUGUACUACCGUUCACCCAUUCCGGAUGUCUGGACACGCAAGAUGGACACUCCAGCAGACGCCUUUCACCUUCGAGGACCUUCAAGUGGCAUUUCCUCGCCUCCUCUAUCAUCGAAAAUCGUCCAGCAUGAAAAUGGGAACGGCUUUUUCGCCCAAGAACAUCACCAGGCUUACACCGACACCCAUUCAUCACGCUCAGGCGACGAGCCUCACACCCCAGGCAUCGACUUCUCAAACUACCAAUUAACACCGCAAGCAUCACCUGGCAUGGGAGUCUCAAGUAAUGGCAGUAACCACUUCGACGACCAUAUGGGCCUGACGUUUAGCUCCUCAGCGUCCAGUGCGGCUCUUUCAGCCUUACAGACCCCGCCCUCCUCUCUCCGGCUACCCAUGACAACUUGGGGCACCGACACCUCGCCUAGCCUGGACUUUGGAUUCUCAGCCUCGCCAGAGUUCCCCGGCUCCAGUAAGACAGCAGGUUGGUGGAAUGACGAUGCCGCCAACCAGGGGUCAGCCUGCCCGGGUUACCGCGAGAGCAAUUCCAGGUCGACAAGCCAAACUAUGGGUCUUGUGAACGGAGGCAUGAAUGGCCUGGGCAUUUCGUGCGACACAGCAGCUUUUGGCCACUUUUCCGGACUUGGUGUGAGCGAUGGCUUGCCCGGAGCUCCAGCUCCCUCGCAGUCGCAUGCGUCUCACCAUCGCGCGUCACACUCGAGCACGGCAUCCAGCAGAAGGAAGUCAAGUAACUCGAGCCAGCAGUCUUCAAGACAGCUUUCAAGCGGCAACGUGGGCUUCGUCAACUUCACACCAGACGAUAGCCGGAAGAUCCUGACCGGCGUUGCACCGAGUGGAUCGAGCAAGACCAAAGCGCGGAGAGAAAAAGAAGCCGCAGAGAAGAGAAGGAAGCUUAGUCAGGCUGCCAUGAAAGCGGUCAUGGAAGCUGGCGGCGACGUCGAUAGCCUACGCCGUCUGGAGAGAGAGGGAUUACUUGUCCUUGAAAAUUGA